AUGUUAUUUGAGCAGGGUCCCCAGGCCUUGGCGAUCCCAGAGAGCAAGAUGCAGAAAACCGCUUACUACGAUAACUCUGGGCUCUUCGGGGGCUACACCUACAGCAAAGCCGACGCCUACAGCUACAGCUCGGCCCACCAGCCUUAUGCACAAGCCGCCCUGGAUACAGACUACCCGAGCUCCGCCUGCUCCAUCGAGAGCUCGGCUCCCAUCCGAGCCCCGACCCACAAGAGCAGCGAGCUGAAUGGCAGCUGCAUGCGGACAAACGGCGGCAGCCAGGCAGGCAGUCAGCCCCCGGGUAUAGGCGAGCAGCAGCAGCCGCCUGCGCUGCCCCCUUCCUCCCCACCGAAUCCCACCAAUGCGGCCCCCCCGAAAAAAACCAAAGGCGGCCCCAAUUCCUCCAGCUCUUCCACGGCCACCAUUAGCAAACAGAUCUUCCCCUGGAUGAAAGAGUCCCGGCAGAACUCCAAACAGAAAAACACCUGCGCCGCUUCAGCAGGAGACAACUGCGAAGAUAAAAGUCCCCCCGGCCCGGCUUCCAAGCGAGUCCGCACUGCCUAUACCAGCGCGCAGCUGGUGGAGCUGGAGAAGGAGUUUCACUUCAACCGGUAUCUCUGCCGCCCACGCAGAGUGGAAAUGGCCAACCUUCUAAACCUGACGGAGCGCCAGAUAAAGAUCUGGUUCCAGAACAGGAGAAUGAAGUACAAAAAAGACCAGAAAGCCAAAGGGAUCAUGCACUCUCCUGUAGGACAGUCCCCUGACCGAAGUCCACCCUUAAGUGGCCCAAAUCACGUAGGAUAUUCCAGCCAGCUUCCAACUGUAAAUAGUCUUAGCUAUGAUGCUCCUUCGCCAACAUCCUUUGCCAAAUCACAGCAAAACAUGUAUGGCCUGGCUGCUUACACAGCACCUCUCAGCAGCUGCUUACCCCAGCAGAAACGAUACCCGGGAGCAGAGUAUGACCAUCACACCAUGCAAAGCAGCGGCGGCUUUGCCAAUCCCAAUCUGCAGGGCAGCCCCGUUUAUGUCGGAGGUAACUUUGUUGAUUCCAUGCCAGCUCCUGGCCCAAUGUUCAAUAUCGGCCAUCUUUCUCAUCCUUCAUCUGCUAGCGUGGACUACAGCUGCGCUGCUCAGAUCCCAGGCAACCACCACCAUGGACCUUGUGACCCUCAUCCUACAUACACAGAUCUUACUUCUCAUCACACAUCUCAGGGAAGGAUUCAGGAAGCACCCAAACUAACGCAUCUGUAG